AUGACGCUGCAAGUUUGUGCUGUAUACUUCCUAGUGAAACCUGCCAUAUCACACCAUGAGACACACGAGUCUCUACACCGGGACUGGUUAUAUAACCGGAGAGCGGAAAAGACACUCAAAAAACAAAGCAAGUUCAGUAAGAAAUGGACUACCCAGUUGGUGAUAGAACACCAGUACAAGAAGGAGAUCCUUGAAAAGACCAGAGCAAGGCCAGGAGGGAAGGAAAUGAUUAAACACUACCAGGGUGCGGUCAAUGCAAUUAUGGCCAGUUUAUCUGAAGAGCAGCUGGAUGAAGCAAAUACGACUGCUAUAGAAUGGUCUAGCAGUGCUCCUCCUACAGAUGUCCAGGCUGAGUUCGCUCAGAAGAAAGCUCCUGGUAUGAUGAAGGAUCUUGCAACUCAGUUAUGGAGGCAGGCUGGUAUGAGGAUAUUCAUAUUGUCUGCAUGGAAAACUGAGGAAGGCGAGGUGAGGAUCAAUGGAAUUGACUUCAAUGAAAAGUUAGAGGGCAAUAGUUUCACAGAUACAAAGGACUGGAAGUCCAUGUUACCAGAGUGGAAUGCCUAUGUCAGAGAAGAGUUUGCAAUUGACCGGAAUAAUGAUGACGAUGGCAAUGAGGAUGCUGAUGGAAAGGAGAGCAGAAAUCCAAGGAGAAAGAAGGAGGAGUUUACUUUAGAGGUCGAUGCCUAUGGGCUUCCGGUCAUAUCGGAUAUUGAGCCCCUCAACUUAGAAAACAAAAAGUCUCUUAUCCGGACAUUCCUCACAAAACACUACAGGUUUUGCAGUCAAAAGCCAAAGGUGUCUGUUCCUUGGUCUGCAGUGACGGAGGCUCAAGAGAAUUUCAUCAAGCCCAAGUUUUUUUUUUUACCUGCCGGUGAAAAGAUCAAGGACCCGUCCAAGCUUCAGCUGCAUAACGCUGACUGGCUCUUGCAGUUCUGGCAUCAGAGACAAAAGGACAAGGUUCGGCCAACAUUUGAAUUCAAAGGCUGGCAAGACCAUGAGAAGGAGAUGAGGGAGCCGGUGGAGAAGAUCUCAGAGAGCGACUCUAGCACAACAUGCAGUCCAGUAACAGCAAAGACCAGAGUUCCGGUUCAAAAACCAACCGGUAGGUUGACCGGAAAGUCAUCUGGCAAGUCAACCAGCAGGGUGGAACUGGAGUCAAGUAGUGAGGGCGAGGAUGGUGAAGGCGAAGGUGAAAAUGAUGAAGCUCAAUUACCGCCUUCCAAGCUGAAAUUGACCGGAAAGCCAGGCAAAGCUGUCCAAUCUAUUCUGGUUAAAAAACCACCUGCAAAGUCAACCGGAAAAUCAUCCGGUAAGCCGGUGUAG